GGUUUUAUUCUUCUAGCAUGUGAUUGGGGAUAGACUAGAAAGUUCCCCGUAAUUUAUGAUGGAAGGUCUCGGGAAGGCUUUGGUCCGCUCAGAUCGAUCGAAAAAGCUCUCCGCUCCCACCUGUGCGGUCAUCAGAACAUCCAUGCCUCCUCUGCCUUGCGCACCUUAUCGACCCUCUCGUAUUCCAGUUCAUGCUGCGACUCCAUCGCCGGACGUCGCAUCAUGGCGGCCGUCAAUCGGAAUAUGUUCGAUGCAAGCAUCAUGACGGAUCGGCCGCACGAAGGCUCAUUGAUGGUCUUGCCGUUAAACAUCAUCGCCCUGAUCAUUUCACAUAUGGACGAUACUGGUGACCUUGCCCGUCUGUGCAGUACUUGUCGGGUCCUCAACUACAUGGCCCUGCCACAGCUGUACAGGAACCUCACCCUGACCUCCUACGACAAGAUUCGGUAUCGCGGAGAUGAACCUGAAGGAAUGGGGAGCGCGAGUCCUUUUUCAUUAGGACUCAGUGCUGUUAUCACCCGCCCAUAUGCAACGUUGGUGCGAUCGCUGACGCUGCGGGGGGACUGGAGGGAACAUGAGCUGGAGGAGCACGCCCGAGUCGGCAGGGUGCCGGACUCAUCGAUGAUGCUGAAUAUUGCCGUUCGGGCGGCUGUCGACCGCAUGACAGAGCUGAGAACUUUCAACUGGGAGCUGAAUACGAAAAUGCUGGAGACGGUUUAUCUGGGGCUGGCGCAAUUGCCCAAGCUCACCUCGCUCACCGUCCGGUUUCCCUCGAGCCGUCACCCUCGACCGACGAUUGUCAUUCCGGCAUUGCCUCACCUUCGCCAUUUGAGGCUCACCGAUAUGGAUCCUCUUUGUUAUCCGGAUGAUAUUUCGACUCUGCUUUGGAAAAGUAAGAAGUUGCGGGAGCUCACAAUGCACUGGUCCCCUCGCAUGAGAAAUGCGCAAGAACCUAGCGUCAUGCUUAAUCAUUACUUCCGCAAAUGUAUUGCGGCGAAACAACCUCUACCCAUUAAAAAGCUCUCUCUUCUGAAUUUGUAUGCAUUUCACAGCGAGGAGUUUAAUUUGGCGUUUGAUCCCAGGACGAUAGAAGACGUCACCAUUCUUAAUGAUACCCCAUUGGAGAAUGGAAACCUCAUGAACACCUUUGUCGACAACAGCUGGCCGACUUACCCUCCAAAUAUGGACAUGAAAAUCAAGGCCAUCAGGCAGAAUGCUUCGUCCAAGAGACACGCUGAAUUCUUAGGCAAUUUCUCGGGACUGGAGAGGUUAUACUUUGUCAACGUUCCUCAAGAUCCCAUCAACUCCCUCGCUCCCUCCAAACACCCGGCAGGAGCACCAUUGUCUGCUACUCUUACACCUCCCCAGGACCACACCCAUUUCGCUUCGAAUGGUACUGCUACCAACUCCCCUUCUCCAUCGCCGAUAGGUGGUUCGUCCGGCAUCCAAGAUUUCUACCUUAACAAUAUCAUGUCGAACCAUUGCGCGACACUGCGUCACCUCUUACUUCCUUCGCGGUGGCCUCUUUCUCCAAGCAUGAUAGCUCGGCUCGUUCGUGUCAGCCCGCAGUUGGAACAGCUUGCUUUUGCGGCCGAACUUUCCAGCAUGGAUACACUGGGUCUCAUGCUUCCAUUUCUCCACAACCUUGCUGCCAUUCGCAUCCUCAUUCCCACAGGCCGUCCAUCAAUUCCUCUAGGAAAUGGCGCUGCUCCCCAGCCGGCCAAGUGCAGUAUGGCCACUGCAAAGACACUUGCAGAUAUGGUCGAAUUGGACGACGAAAUCCUCACAGAGGGGAUGAGUCUUGCGCUUGGAGAUAAGGAAAUAUAUAGUAAACUGAAAAUUGUCGGGUUUGGCAGAAAGGCAUGGGAAUUAGGUAGAUUUUACAGUGCCCCAGCACCGCCACGCAUCGAACACCCGAGUUCAUCGCAAUCGCCCGCAGCAGCCAGUACUGUCGAUACGGUGGAACUAAAUGAAUAUAAUCAGAGUCCCAAGAGUGAUACUACUCCCGGUCGUGGCCCGUUAUCGAACCCACAGUUUGAAGUCAACGGUGCCCCCAGUACAGGCUCCACGACUCCUACAGGACCCCCAAGACGACCGACACAACGGGCAAUACAGCCCCCUUCAGUACUGGGUAAACGCCCACGAGAAGAUGAGCGUUGGCCUCCAAUGCCCGCUAAACACAUUCCGCCAUACGAUAGUCUGGUCACUGGCGAAGAUAACUUUUAUUGCCCUCCACCGGUUGUUGGCCUGGAUGGUCGUGUCAUAAGGCGAGAAUUGCGCCGCGUGGGCUGGGAGGUUCUUCAGCACUGGGAGAUUUGGGGUCUCGAUACACAAGAGGCAUAAUUAAGUCGAUUUUGUGACCGGCCGAAAAGGUCUUUCCCCUCUUGAUAUAGGGUUUAACAUCAAGACAUGGGACAUGUCUAUAUAGGAGACGGCGCCUAUUCACAUAUACUGCUCUGGAUGGGAUACAUAUGGAUGGAGUUGUGAACAUAAAUCAGUUAAAUGGGGUUCAUUGGUGUUUUGAGGUACCUGGGAUAUCUCUCUUUCUCUUUCUCUUUUUCAUGUAUAAUGUUGGUUAUAGCCGUUGAGCAAGGCACAUUUCUCUUCUCCUUUCAUUUGUUGUUGAGGUGUUAGUCUGGCUUGUACUCAUAGACAGCCUAAUCUUCCUCUUAGUCUACCAUCCUCCAACAAUUCAUGCA